AUGGCCCACACCCAAAUCUCCAUGUAUCUGCCCCCAGACAUCAACCCCACCCAGGCGGCCAUUGCCUACGGCUGCCGGGCCCUGCCCAAGCUGAACGAGGAGCUGCAGUCAGAGAACCUUCGGACGAGGCAGAAAGCCCUCAUGGCGCUGUGUGACCUCAUGCACGACCCUGAGCAUGUCUACCAGGCCAUCCAGAUAGGCUGCCUGGAGAGCCUGAAGGCUCUGCUGAGGGAUAGCAACCACUUGGUGCGGAUCAAGACCACCGAGGUGCUGUGCAUCAUGGCUACCCACAACAUAGGCAGGGAAGGCUUCUUGAAGCACAAUGUCGUGCUGUUCCUGUCCCUCCUGCUGAAUGACCCCCAGCUGCUCUGCCGCCUGAACCUGCACCAGGCCUACAAGCACCUGGCCCAGCUGCCCCAAGGGGCUCAGGGCAUCAUCAACAGCGGAUUGAUCCCGUCGCUGGUGUGGAAGCUGCAGCGAGAAGAGCAUGAGUCCGUCCAACUGCUCAUCCUGGACACUCUGUCAUCCUGCCUGUGGGAGGGCGCGGCCUCCGAGGCCCUGGACAACCGGGUGGUGCCCUUUCUCAAGGAGAUGCUGCUGAGUGCCAACGAAGACAUCCGGGCCAAAGCCGCCCACACCCUCAUGGCUGUCUGUGUCCCUCUGGAUGGCAAGAACCAGGUGUGGCAGUACGACGUCAUCCCCAUCCUGGUGCAUAUGCUGAAGGACCCGAUGCAGGAGGUGCAGGCCAAUGCCGCUGGGGCCCUCAUGUACGCCACCAUCACCACAGAAGGGAAGUAUGCAGCCCUGGAUGCCGAGGCCAUGCCCCCGCUGCUGAUGCUGCUCAACUCAACUUUGAGCAAGGUGCGCCUCAACGCCAUCAAGGCCCUCACCAUGCUGGCCGAGGCCCCGGAGGGCCGCAGCUACCUGCAGGCCCAUGUGCCCGUCUUCCGACUCAUCGAGGAUGACCCGAACCCGGCUGUGCAGCAGGCAGCCCUAACGGCCAUCAAGGUCAUCGAGUGGAAGCCCUGA